CUGUCUGGUGCCCUGUGCGUGGUCGUGUCAUUGUUAUUUGGAAAUUGAAACUCGAGCUGCGAGCAGGUUGCUGUCGAAUUAGAAUUAAAUCAUAACUGAAAACCAAAUAAAUAUUUGAGAAAUUCAAGAAACGAUAUCGAGCGAGUUAAUAACGCGCAAUAAAUCGGAGGAAAUUGUGCGGAAAAGCGGAUGAAAAGUGCGCACUUUGAGGGUGCUGCAAAUUAGAUAAACGAAAUUCAUGCAUUAAUCGACAAAUGAGACGCGUUUGAUUGUCUGCAUGGGAAAUAAUUUAACGACAAACGGAAUUGUACGGAUCGACCGGGGCAGAAUCGUAUUCUUUGACAGGAGCAUCGAGUCCCAGGCUUCAAAAGCGGAGCUUGAGAUGGCGUCGACAGCUGCAGCUGCGGGCGAAGAAGAAGCCGAAGUGACUGGCACACACAUCGAACAGUUGCCGAAUGAUCUGUGGAUCGAGAUCAUGUCUUACUUAUCCUACUUGGAUUUGCAGCAGUUGCGUUUGGUUUCAUGGCGCUGUCGCGAUUUGGUCAAUCGUCGUUACUUUCUCAACAAAGCGAAAGUGAUUGUCACUAAGGAGAAUCUGAAGGAAAUGAAGUCGCAUGUGGAGCGCGGAAUUUCCUAUCUGAGCUUCGAGUAUCUCGAGUUGCGUAACUUGACGCAGAGCAAAGACUUGGAGCAAUUUCUUCGCAUGGUGGGACCCGAGGUGAAGGACAUGCAAGUCCGACACUCGCCGGUUUUUCGCAAUAUGGAUGGAAAGUUGCCCAACCUGAAGAUACUUCGCAUUGCCACAACGAGUUUCUUGGAGGACACGAGUGUCAGCAUCGAUGGCAUCAAUAUGAAGCAGUUCUUGCAUCUGAAUGGCUUCGAGUGUGAUGGCGUUAGUCUCGACUCCUCCCUCAAGCUGCUGAUGCUGAUGCAGCUGCGUCGCAUGGAGAACAAAGUGCGACUGCGUCAUCUUCAGUUCGAGUAUCGUCGGAAUAACGAGAGCGCUUUGCUGCAAGUGCUGUACGAUCAUGCGGCCACCUUGGAGUGCGUUGACAUCUUCUUCAGCUGUUCGCCGGGCAUCGACACAACCGAUUGGUGCCUCGCCUUUGAGCAGAUGAAUCGACUGCGCACGUUAAAGCUCUCGGGCAAUUGUCACCUAGUUCUGCUCGAUGAUAUACUCGAUUCCAUACCGGAGACGGCGCAGCUGCAGCAACUCGAUCUCACUGGAAUGCUCUCGCUGACCAACGAAAUGCUUUUGCGUGUGGCCAGCAAAUGGCACAAUACUCUUCGUUCCCUCGAUCUCAUGUUCUGCGUGCAACUCGACGUGCGUUGCGUUCAAGCUUUGAGGCAACUCAGCGGUUGCCUGCAAUCGUUAACUAUGGCUUAUUGUCGUGCUCUGACUGGAAGAGGAUUGGUGGAAGGAUUGACGUCGCAGACGAAUUAUAUGCUGCAGGAAUUGUAUCUGGAGGAUGUGUGCUUCAUCGACGAGGCUUCCAUGUGCACCAUGCUCAAGCGUUUGCCCAAUCUGCGCAAGCUCAGCCUGGACAACUGUCGACAGGCAACCACCGAUCAAACUCUGGCCACCAUCUUCCAACAUCAAACGCUGCUGCGUGUGCUGCGAAUUGAUUAUUGCGUCAAGAUUACGGAUAAUGGCUUCAUUGGCUUUGGCAAGCAACCGUUUCCCAUCUCUAGACUUCGUGGCUUGCGGAAGUUGAGCAUUCGCGGUUGUCGCAACAUCACGGAUCGCAUGCUGAAGAAGGCUCUUCAAAUGCCUGAGAUGCUCAGCCUCACUCUAGAUUAUUGCAAUCGAUUGGAGACGAAGGGAAUUGCUGCAGUCAGCGUCAAUUGUCCUGCACUGCAAAUGAUUUCCUUGGCCAGCUGCUCGCUGCUUGAUGAUGAAGCUGUGCAUCUGGCUGUCAGCAAUCUGAAGCGUCUACGUAGUCUCAACAUAAGCAAUUGUUCGUUGUUGACGCUUCGCGCUUUCCAGCACAUUGCCAAGGAGGCGCGCAAUCUGCGGGAUUUGGUGGCGUGCAGCAUCGAUGGCCUGGAUCACGAGGCAGCGCAGAAGAUGCUUGCCAAGGAGCUGCCAGAACUGAAGCAGGUGAUGCUAUAGCAGGAGAGGCUUGUCCACUGACUAGACGACAACAAUCCGCACGCAGGCUGGGGCACCGACGACGAGGACGAACCGGAGAUUAUAGAGGUUGUGGUAUGAGUGGCACGGUGUUCAAGGAGAAGAAGGAAUAGGAGAAGAACGUGGAGGGAAUUGAAUGAGAGAAGCUAGAAGAGAAGUUGAAGACGUCUCGAUAAAAGCAGCCAAGAAUUAAACAAGAAGGUGAAGCAAAUUGAAUGAGAGAAGCUAGAAGAGAAAAUAAGUUGAGAACGAUUCGAGAAAAGCAGCCAAUAAUUAAAGAAGAAGGUGAAGGUAAUUGAAUGAAAGAAGCUAGAAGAGAAAUUGAAAGUGAUACAAGAAAAGCAGCUAGGAAUUAAUCAUGAAGAAAAGCACCAAAUGUGGAGGAAGUAAAUGAGAAGUCAAAACUGGGAUAUGGAGCUGAGAUUUGAGUGAUGAAGAAAGAGAAAAGUUGAAAGAAGGAAAAGAAGUAAAAGAAGGGAAGAAGGAAGUCAGGAAGUAAAGCCAAGAGGAGUUGAAGGAAAUGAAGAAGUAAAAUAUGAAUUUACUAAUUCAAAAAGAUAGUAAGGACGAAUAGAAAGUGAGGCAAAGAUUUAUUAGAAAAUAAAAAGGCUCGUCAGAGGAUCAAAAUGAAUUGGAUCAAGAUCAGAGGUAUGGAAUGAAAUGAAUUAAUGUAAGGAGUAGAAAUGAAAGAACGAAGAAAUAAAGAGAACAUGAGGAGCAGCAUAUAGAAAGUAGGAAAAGAUAUCGGACGGAUGAUGGAGAAGCCUAAGGAGCAUAUUGAAUAAUGGAAAAGAUAUUGGACAGAGAGGAGCAUAAGGUGCAUAUUGAAAGAACGGAUGCCAGAUCAGAUGCAGAAGCAAGAGAAGAAGCAGGAGCAGUGCAAUAUGAUUGAAUCUAUUUAUAAUUUAACGAAGCGUAGCCAUACAUCUAGCGUAUUAUUUGUGUUAACUAUGUUUUAUUUAUUGCUAUAAAAGUUCAAAAUGUGAGAGAAACUCUUGUUAUAACGAGGUGAAAAAUCAUAGAAUUAUUUUUAGACCUAAUGUAACUAUAAUUUGUAACUAUGUUAAGUCGACUUAAGGUUUUCAACUCAAACAAUAAUACAAAAUACAAGCCAAAAAAUGAAAUGUACUUCAAUUACCUCCCAAUUCAAAAUGGAACUAAACAUAUUUCAAGCAACCUAUUCAGAGAUUCCUUAACGAAAACACCAAGCAGCUAUGCAUUACGAGUAUUUACUUAAUAUCGUAUAGAUUUACAAUUGAUAAUCUCUUUUAAUGUGAUUAACGUUGAAUCUGAAAUAGAAAAAAAGAAAACACUAGACAACUUAACGAGCUUGACUAAGACUUUGUGAGUUUGAAACAUUUUAAAAUAGACAUUUGAUAGCUACUCUGAAACACUUACAAGUAUUUACACAUACAAUAUACGAUUAUAUAACAUAUAUAUACUCAGAUAUAUAACAGAUAUCAUCACUAUAUUGCCGGCCAUUGCUAAACUAAUUGAGUGUUCAAUGUCUAUACGAGUUUACUCAAGAUCUGUCGAUGAAAGCUGAGAAGAAACAGAUAUCAAUCUAGAAAUAGUUAUAUACAAUGCCAUAUUACAAAUUUCCGUAUUGUAAUUGCCCAAGUUUUGGCUAUAAUAUUUACAUAUAAAAGGUCGAUUCUCAAUUCCACAAACACUCUGAAACUGCGCCAAAAAGUAUGCCAAUAUAAAAUGUGCGUCGGAUUGGGAAAUCGCGACCGUUUAAUCAAUAUAAUCAUUAAUCUAACUUGAUCUACAGAAAGAGGUUUAUAAAUCGAAUCAAAUUUGAUUUCCGAAGGAGGCUGGUAGGAUAAGAAUCUCAUUUUCUUUAUUUUUAUAUUGCAUAAUCUCAUUACAACAAAGUAUUUACAUAUAAGGCACACACAGAUAUUCAUUAAUAAGUAUUGUAAUAGCGUAUCUAAUUAAUACUGUAGAGCGUUGGAGAUUUCUCUAAUAUUAUAUUAUUGAUCAUUACCAAAAUUAAAUGGAAAUAUUUUCAACUUUGGUAAGAAUGAAUCCAUAAAAUGAUAAGUUCCGGUCUCAGUCACCGGGGAUAGCUGGUUGAAUACGUGUCCAGUGUUUUAAUGAUAUAUAUUUACUUAAUUUUACCAAGUUAUAUAUAAAAAAUAAUGUAUACACGUAUAUAUUCAAAUUGUAGUCUUUGCAAUAUGUUUUUACAUGUGUUAAAAAGGAUGAUUUUAUCUGUUCUAAGUUGUCCUUAAUCCUACAAAUGGUUUUACCAACUAAUAUGAUAUACAACUCAUAUAAUAUAGUAUACAAUAUAAUAAAAUUUAUG